GUAGGAUGGGGCACUUUCAAGCAAAGCAUGUUCUUAGAACAAGAGGGCACUUGGAGAUUUUGCAAGGACAGCGUGGAAUGCCCUUCAACAGUGACAGUUGAGCAAGGAAGGGUAACAUCAGGCAAGUACACUUUCUUGGGGGACCAGAAAGGAGCAGUUCACGAUCGUGAGAAGAGAAUUUGCACACUUCUGGCAGUAGGUUUCUCCACCACUACCUUGAGCAUAGCUGGUCCUGAGCAGAGGGGCAUCCUGGGAGGAGAUGCCGGCCAAGACGCCCAUCUACCUGAAGACGUCGACUCCCAAGCGGGGCCGGAAGCUGCGCCUGCGGGAUGUCCUGUCGAGCGACAUGAUCAGCCCGCCACUGGGCGAUUUCCGACACAGCGCCCACAUUGGCCUAGACGGAGAGGAUGACAUGUUCGGAGAGCUCUCCUUCCUGCAGGGCAAGUAUGACCUCCUGCCUCGUCUUGGACGCCACGGCAGUUCCUCUGGGAUGGAUGAGUCCUAUGGCCGCUGUCCACCUGGCCCUGGUUACCGCACUCUGCUGAAGAGUGCUAUCUCUAUGCCUGUGUUCAGUGGGGCUCAGGGCCAGGAUCAGGCCCCACCCAAGCCACCACGGCUACACCUUGAGGAGAUGCCCAGCGGAGGGCAGCAGCGCUCCAUGUCCAUCAGCUGUGCAGAAGGUUGCUUCCACAGUGGAGCUGAGGGCCUCUCCUUCUCAGCCAUGGCACCUUAUGACCCGUUGUCCUCUUCCAUAUCCUUUUCAUCACCUCCACCUGAGGGUUGUUUUGUGGGAGGGGGCAAUGGCAGCAGGGAUCACCACACAGACAGUCAAGAGCAACCCUACUCCUGCGGGACAUCCUUGUCUCACUCAGAAUCCCUGCUCCAUCUUGACCUUGACCUGGGUCCUUCCAUUUUGGAUGACGUUCUGCGUAUCAUGGAGGAGUACCAACAGCCUGCCCCUAAAGCCCUGUAGCUUGCCUGUGCAUCCUAUCUGCCAACCCCAUAGGUGGAACGGGGCUGAUCUGGGGGCAGCUCCACAGAAAACUGGCUGUGUUGGGUGAGGGAAGGUCUCCAAGCAGCCCCCAGAAAGAAGUGAUGGGUGUGGGGACCGCUCUACACCCCACACCAGCCUGUAAUGGAAGUGGGCCCUGAUACCCUCACAGGCCUUUGCUGGACAGAGCUCAUGUUGGAGAUCAUGUGCUGUUGCUUCCUGAGAGAAGAGGCUCCUCUGAUGUGCACUUGUACCCAUGGCCACGUCAGACAUGCUCCAAUGCCAGUUUCAGAAAAGACAAGGAGUUCGGUGGCUGGAUCUGACUGGGGCAGAGAAAGGCCAAACUAACUUGGAAACAGGAAGUUUCUCGUAGAAACAUUCCCCUCAAGGCACAAAGCAAGACAUGAGGGUAACAGUCCCCUGGCCCAUACUGAGAUGUGGAUCUUCCCUCUCUAAGCCAUCAUGGCCAAUGGCUACUUGCUGGAGGUCUCCUCCAUGGGCUUGUGUCAUAAAGACAUCUCAGGGGGUGGCUUUAAGUGCAUUGGGUGGCUGUGUGAAUUUCCCUAAUCAUGUGAAAAUUCUAGCUCUUAUCUGGCCAGAAUCACCUGGAUUUCAUUGGGUUACCCCUCCAAGUUUGAGUAUUGUGAGGGGGCAAAAGAAAUUGUCUGUAUUCAUUCUAAUGUGCAUAUAUGUUUUAUAA